AUGGGGGUUACAUCAUCUUCUGGUAAGUCCCAAGUCGAGAUCAACACAGCCAUCAUCUGCGCAUCAGCACCAUCCAUCCAACCUCUCUUCAAACGCAUCUUGAACCGAAUACUCGGCUUCCGCCAAUCCCGCAGCCCUUACUAUUACUACGGGGCGCGCAGCUCGCUUCCCGGACUACCCGCCGUGGAAAUCGACAGAGACUUGCGAUUCCGUAGAGACAGCAUUAGUACCCUGGAGAUGCCGACGCGGGCUUGCUGUCCAGCCAAGGAAGAUGCAGAUGACGGACUUCGGGACCGAAUUGCUAUUGGUCAUCCUGCGGAAGAGGAAGAGCUCAGGGCGCGUAUUCGUGCGCUUACAAGUCCGACGCCUGUGUUUGUUCGGCCUGUGUCGCUGGCUUCUGGACCGACAGUUCUUGACUCCAGUGUGCCGGCGAUGUCACCAGAAAAUCCGCAAGGCUCUCUGCGCUGA